GACUCACACUUUGUAAUCUAACACAGUGGAGGAGGAAGAGGAGACCACAAGUAGAAAGAUGAGGGUCUCCCAAUGGCUGUCCCCAGUGGGCUUUCUCCUCUUUUCCCUCUUCCCGGCUCACCUCUGCAAUAUCUGCGAGGUAAGCAGUAAAGAGAAGGACAAGUUAGCUCUUCUGAUAAACACAAUGGUGAAUUCCAACGAUCCCUACUCAAGCAUAGCUUCCCACGUCCUGAUGGCCCUCAAAUUCGUGGACCAACACUACCCAAAGGCCGAGACAACCUUCCUGAACCAAGUCAAGCUAAACAUCAUGCAAUGUGAUGACGCUGUAACUUCAGGACAGUUUGCUCUGGAUUUACUGGCAUUGACUGCUGCCUGCCAGACAUGUAUUAUAAAAGAUUAUGAAUUGGUCAAAAAACUUGAACAGAAGUUCCAAGCGGAAGUAGACAGUAUUGAUAAACAUGGUCACCCAUUGACUACCUAUUACCAGCUUGGCUUAGAUGUCUUGGCCAUAUGUCUUCUGAAUGGAACCUAUUCAACCUCCAAAAUUGCUGAUCUCUUUUCUGUGGACUCAAAGAAGUAUUAUAAUGAACAGUUCUCUGUUGACACUGGGGCACUUGCUGUCCUGGCUCUGACUUGUGUGGACAGGAAGAACCCAGAUGUAAAAGAGAUCAGAAAUGAUAUAAGAAUGCUUGUGGAGAGGAUCCUAAAGGAGAUAAAACCAGAUGGCAUUAUUGGAAAUAUCUACAGCACAGGACGAGCAAUGCAGGCCCUUUUUGUGACUUCACAGUAUUAUAAGGAAAAAGACUGGAACUGCACUAAGACUCUUCAAAAUGUUCUAAAUCAUAUUCCUGAAGCCUUCCAUAGGCCCAUCACUGCAAGCCAGGUGUUUCCUGCCCUUCUGGGCAAGACUUACUUGGACUUAACCCACGGUUCCUGUCAGUCCAAUCCAGGUGAUCUCAACAACUCUGUCCCCACAAUUACAGAAUCCACUCCCCAGUCCCAAGAGAAUAUUUCAGUCAAAUACCAAGUAGUGGAUUUCAUCACUAAAGACUUUAAAAAAUCCACUGAAGUCUCAGUGCCAAAGGGCUCUUUCUUCCUGAAUGUGAUGGAGAAAGCUCAAGAAAAAGACCAAAAGGCAUUUGGGUUCACAACAAAGUCAAGUGAAUGGGGUCCAUAUGUCACUUCAGUUGCUGGUAUUGAGGCCAGCAGUAAAGACAGAACCUACUGGCAGCUCCUGAAUAAUGAUCAACCACUGAGCCAAGGAGUUGCAGACUUUGUAGUAUCUAAAGGUGAUAAACUGGAAGUCAGGCUGAGUAGAUAUUGAAGGAAGCAACAGUGAAAGAGUCAUCCAACUUUCUAUUUGUGGAGUCCUUCCCAGAAUUCUUUUGGGAAACAGAAAACCCCCUGUCUUUCUCCUCAAUCAUCUCAGCCCCCCAUGGGAAUUCAAGUAGAUUUGUGCUCUCUCUCUGUGUCUCUCUCCUUACAUAAUAAACAUUCAAAGAAUAA